UUCGACCUCCUUUCUCUAUACUCCAUGGUUUCGGAAUUGUUUAGAGUGCGAACGAUUCGAGGCGAGAUUCGGAUCAACAGCUACGUAAGCUACAUUGUGCUACAUUAGUUCCAUUCACUAAAUCAGUUUUGCAAACGUUUUGUGAUUGUCUGCUGAAAUAGGAUUAUUCUUCUAGAUCUAAAAUCUAUAAUCCAAUCAGCGCGAAAAAAACGUCUCACAGUUGCAAAUUAAACGUUCUGCUGAAGCCACUGUAUUACGCUCCUAAUUACCGUAAUCGCUAGAUGUCAGUGAUAAUGACGGCCAAGCUUCAAGACGACAUGAAUAGUAUACCUCUGGCAGAUGAUGAUCCGCAAGUAAUAAUACCAGAAGAGGAAAUCUUGGACAAUGCGUCACAUAUGUCUGAUCCGUUAGGCAGAGGACGCAGCAUGGAUUCUAUACCAUCGACAUUUACUAACGGCAGCUGUAGUCCUAACAGUUUAGAUCCUGAUAUUAGUCCAGAUGAGCAAGAAGAGAAAGCUAGAUUGAUUGCACAGGUUCUUGAAUUGCAAAAUACUUUGGAUGAUCUGUCACAGAGAGUGGACAGCGUAAAGGAGGAGAAUCUCAAGCUGAGAAGUGAGAAUCAGGUUCUGAGCCAGUACAUUGAGAAUUUAAUGUCGGCAUCGAGCGUAUUUCAGUCGACAAGUCCCAAUACCAAAAAGAAGUAAACCACAUCAUAUUAAUCAAAUAAUUAGACAAUUUAUGAAAAUAAACUAUAAGUGAUCUCUCCCUCUCUCUCUCUCUCUCUCUCUCUCUCUCUCUCUCUCUCAAAGUAAUUGCGAUUGUUUUGAGUAUUUUGGAAAGUUUCCGCAUGCAUGAAUUUUAUUUCAAUUUACAUUUAUCAAAAAAUAACGCAAAAUCUUUAAGUCUCAAUAUUUGAUGCUUAAUUUGCCUUCGUCAACUUGUAUACACUUUCUAUGAAGAAAAAAAAAAAAAUUUCUGACAAUUUACCUUUUUUUUAAAUAU